AUGGCGCUUCUCAGCCCGACCUUUGUCAUCGGAGUCCUUGUCCUGCUCUACAUCUCCUCCUUCGUCCUCUUCGCCGUGCUCCGAAUCGUCACCGGUGUCUCGAUCCAGCGGAUAGGCUACUUUUCCCUCCGCCGCAUUGCCUACACGCCCAGAGACGGAAUCCGCAUCGAGGUCCGUGGCCUGGGGCUCAACGUCCACCGCCCGACCUUUGCGCAACCCACGUGGCUCAGCAUCGUCCUCAGCGACCUGACCGUUACCGCCGACUUCAAGAAACUCGACGAGCGGAAGCCUGCCGCGAACGGGCCGCAGCGAAAUGCAAGUCGCAAGACAGAGAGUGCGGUGGACGAGGAGGUAGACCCGCUGCUGGAGGUGCCUCCUCCGGCUCAAGACACCUCUGGAUCUGAGGCCGAGACUUGGGCGCGGCUCCAUAAGCUCAAGGAAAAGGUCAAGAAGCUGCACCACAAUGUGAAGUGGCUGCGCAUGGUGGAUGUGGUGGUGACCAACUCGGUCAUCAACGUGGUCGACGUGGGGAGCCUUCAGGUCGGCAGCUUGACGCUUGCAGUGGAUACGAGACACAAAAUGGCCGAUCGAGCUCGAUUCUUCUUCCACCGAUCCGACUCUACAAAGGAAAACGCCGAGGCCGAAUGGAUCUUGACCGUACGCAGCGUCUUCUUCGCUGUCGACGGCAACGAGUCGCUCCAGAUCCUCGACCAUGCCUUGCUCAACGUGCACGGAUUCUUGUAUCCGACGCAGGAAGGCCUUCGGGAUGCGACUGUGGCCUUGAAGCUGGGCAGAGUCCAGAUCCCCUACGACGAGCUGCACCACUGCGCGACCAAGUUCAAGCUGUCUCGGAAGAAGUCCAAAGCGGCAAGUGUGGAAGAUCCGGUAGACGUAUUCGUUAGCAAAGUACAGGAUGCGUCCCUGGGCAAUGCAAGCGAGCACUUGAUGAAGACAGUAUCCGACUCGAAGCAGUUCUUCAGCUCCAUUUUGCGCGGUAUCAAAGAAGUGCAGUUUGCCGUCAGCUUUGUCGGGCUCGUUAAAAAGGUCGAGUCUGUCAACCCGGCGGCGAAACCCGUGCAUCUCACUGCUUCCAUGAAGGAAGUCGGCAUCGACCUGCACCGCCUUGAUCCAAAGUCUCCCGCGCAUCGCAUGUAUUUCCCGUCCACAGAUAUCGCCCACGAAGCCCUGGUGGCUGCUCUCUCCAUCUCGGUGGGCAUGGACGAUGGCCACGGCAAGCCUGAGCGAAUAGUGUACAUCCCAAUGGCGACCACGACAAUCAGGACCACCUUGCCAUCAAAGACCAUCCAGCUCUCUCAGGUGGACAGCUUCGAGGAAAAGAACGCCAACAUUCUCUUCGCCAAUUCGGUCGUCACCUCCCCGUCCAUCGACCUCGACCCACGGCAUCUCCCUCUGCUGAUCGCCAUGAUGCGAUCCAGGCCAAAGCCCCCCAAAACCGAACAAAGGCAGCAGCGGAAAGACCUGUUUUCUCGACUGCUUCCAAAGGCGAGCAUCAAGUUUACUAUGCACGAGCCUGUCCUCCGCAUCAAGCUCACUCCACUUGGCAAGACGGAGGACCCAGAUGAUUACGGUCUCAUCAUCUCCUCCAUCUCAUCCGUCUCCCUCGAUGCCGAGUCAUCUCACUCACCCCUUGACGACUUGCACUAUUCUCUUGACGGAGCAAUGCGACUGCAGUCUCACCACCUAUACUACCAAGCUGUUUCCGGCGAGAGGUUCGACUUGAUAACAACUGAGUCCUUUGACCUCAAAGUUCACUUGGCAGCCAACCCCGAGGUCUCCGUCGACGCUACGAGCAAUAUCCAGUCGUUCUCAGUCAGCAUGGUGCGGCCGGAGAUCACGGACGGCAUUCGCCAGAUUGUGCGCCAGCUGCGCACCGAUGUUGAGCCAACCAAGCGGGCCACCCCCAAGUCCAGACGGCACCCCAACUUCCUCAGAUCGCUCCCCGAAUGGCUUUUCCGCUAUCAAGUCACGGCCAAUGAUGUCAACAUUGAGAUUGCUGGCGUGGAUGAGGAAAUUUCGGACGACAGCAAAGGCAUGUCCUUGCAUAUUGACGGCUUGUCAGCAGAGUAUCGUGCUCAACGUUUGGACGGCUUGCAAAGACGGAUGCUGAGGAGACGGACGCACAGUAGGUCUCUCACCCAGUCAGACUCGGAUUUCGCGUCUUCCAGUCCUACUAGAGCGAAGAAGCCUCCUCAGACGAUCGGUGAUGGUCGUCGCCUGGUAUUCAAUGCCAAAGGCAUCGAGGCUCAAAUCAUUGAGACUGCCGACCAGCUGGAGCUGGAGCCUUUCAUCAACGUGCCUCGUCUCGAGUUCUCGCUCUCUGCGUCCAGCGACAACCAUGGCCCGGCGUUCCAUAUCCAGUCCUCGAUCCGUUCCAUCAUGGUCCAAUACUCUCUCUAUCGCCACUACGCUGUGGGCGUCGCCAUGAAGACUCUGAGAAAGGCAUUCAUGAAGACCACAGGUGAUGCGCCAAGAGCUUCGCAGCAGGGGCUAUCGCAGCCAGAUCUUCUUGUCCCUCCUACCAGUGGCUUCUCAUCCGCCGAUUCAAGCUCUGCCAUCUUAGACUCCAUUAUCGUCGAUGUCAAAGUCGCCUUGGUCCAGAUCAAGGCGGAAAUGCCUCACGACCCAAUGGUUAUGCUUCAUAUCUAUAGCCUGGAUGCCGGCCGUCAGCGAUGGUCUACGCCGUACUUUACAUCCAAGCUCAUUAGGUUCUACGUCGCAUCUCCUCGCAUGCGCAACAUAUGGUCGCGCAUGGUUAGCAUCAAGUCUGGACGCCUUGACCUUCGAGAGUCCAAGCACAAGUCUCCUCAAGGGGCCUACACCGAAGAGAAGCUCAUAGACGUGUCGGCUGAGGCGAUCCGGAUUGGCAUACCGCACGAGGUCAUUGUCCAUCGGAUCACCGAUAAUAUAAUCAAUGUCAUCAAAGCAGUACAGCAGCUACAGCAUCGCUUCAAGACGGGAACAAACGAAUACAUCUUGGAGAAGAAGCCCGAAGGGCCCAAGACAGUCCCCAGAGUAUCGGUUCGAUCGCGAAAUUUCCUGUUCGAGAUGGAGGAUGGUGCGUUCGAAUGGAAGUUGGGCAUGAUUUACCGAGCCGGGCGUAUGGAGCAGAUACAGAGACUGACAAGAGACGAGGCGUUUCGUCUCAAGCUGAACCGAGUGCGGGAGGAGGAGCUGAAGAGGGGCAACAAUGGCAAAACCCGGUCUCGAUCUGCUUAUUCUCGUGGAAGAACGAAUGAUUCCUCAUCUGCUUGGUUCCGAAGCCGAAGCUCCGAUGCCGCAAAGUCAGACGAACGAGGUCGCGGGGGUCGCCACAUCAAUAUGCCGAGAUAUGACCCUGAAAAUGAAACCUUGGGCAUAAGUGGAAACGCAAAAGUCUCGGCGGAAGAGGCGCGCCUUCACCUGGAUAUGUUCAACGCCCAGGCAUGGAAGAAGAGAAUUGACCGAGCCUAUCAGGUAUCCCGGGACGGUGUCAAAGAGCUGCGCGGCCUGUUUUGGGGGCAGAAUGAGGUGCCCAACGACGUCGAGGAGACGGAGAAUAUCUUGGAGGUGCCCCCAAGACCAGCACUGAUGGCUACCUAUAUCUCCAACCUUCACAUUGCCGUUGACAAGCCCACGUUUCCCCUCCAGGACCUGCCCGACUUCAUACACAAGGUCGGCAAAGGUAUGCCCAAGGACAUGCAGUACAGCCUCUUGGUGCCCAUGCACAUCUCCGUCGAGAUGGGCGAAGCUCGCUGCUCGCUCCGUGACUAUCCUCUGCCGCUGCUACAUAUUCCAGGACUCAAGACUGGACAAUCUUCCAGGCUGCAAGCCGUCUCUCUGAAGACGAACUUUGUCUUGGCCGAAGAAUUCAGGGGCCUUGAAUCCUCGCGGCGGGUUCCCGUCAACAUCAUUCCACCCAAGAGCACGGGUUCUUCUGCGUCCAAGGAAGGAUGCUUUGCCAUUGAAGUUAGGCGAACCCUUGGCCCAGUCAAAUCGUUUUCAGAUGUCUACAUGGAUGUCAAUACGGCCCUUCCCACGAGGAUCACCUGGGGUCCAUGUUACCAGCCGGCAAUCCAGGACAUGAUGAUGGUCGUUGAGUCCUUCACCAAGCCGCAGAUCGACCCCUCCGAGCGUGUCGGUUUCUGGGAUAAGCUUCGGCUCAACUUCCAUUCCCGCAUUCACGUUGCCUGGAAAGAGGAUGGCGACAUGCACUUCGCGAUGAAGGGCACGCGCGACCCUUACCAGGUCACUGGACAUGGCGCGGGCUUCCUCAUGUGCUGGCGAAACGACAUCAGAUGGAACAUCAAUGCGGAGGACAACCCCAAGAAGUUCAUGACGGUGGACAGUGGCGAAUACGUCCUUGCCAUUCCCGACUACAGCAUGCAAGUACGAGAGGCCGCUCGACUUCGAGAGGACGAUAGUAGUCGUCUCGCGAACGACCACAUGCGGUGUGGUCCGGCUCAAUUUAAGAAAGUCGUCAUGAAGCUGUCUGGAAGAGUGCAAUGGUUGGCCGGCCUCAUCUUUGAGCGCGCAAUCGAGGAUGGCAAACGAAGCUUUGACUUCAAACCUCACUACGAGGUUGUUCUCAAGAACCCGCUUUUUGCUAAGCCCGACGAGAACGGAUUGCCAUAUGACGCCAUGCGCGGCUUCAGGAGUCGUCACAUUCACCUGUCCAUUGCUGUCCGAGCUCCGGCUGACCGCGAAUGGAUGUCGCAGAGUCUUGAACCCUCACGAAGCUAUAAUACGAUCCAUCUGACUCCUCGAUUCUUCACGCACUUCUUCGCCUGGUGGGGGCUCUUCAGCGGGCCCAUGUCGCUACCCAUUCGGCAGGGCAGCCUGUUCCCCGGACGAGAGAAGAACAGUAAGAAGUUUGGGAGACAUCUGGCGACUGUCAAGUAUAACCUCCUCUUUGCUCCGCUGUUCCUGAGUCACAUCUAUAAGCACAAAGAUGCCGAAGACUAUUCAGAGAAUGCCGUGUCCGCCACGGGUCUCAAGGUUCGGUUCGACAGCUUCAUGCUUGACCUCCAUCAGCGCCGAGAGGAGUUCAACACCAUUGCAAAGACCAAGAACUCGCCUAGUCGAAUCACGGGGAUCAAGCUUCACGAAGCACACUUGGACUUGGCUUGCGCAGACCUUCGAGCCGUCUCUGCUAGCUUGUAUGGCACGACGACAGAGGCCAUCAGGAAGGGAUCAAUUUCGCAUCUUACCCUUGAUCAGGACGAUAAGCCGGACGUAUCUCGCUUUACCAUACCCGACGGAGACUACAGCUGGAUUGAUAUGGACGAUUUCGUUGAGUUGGAUUGGAUACUUCCCACCGAGGCCCAUCCGGAAACCAAGAUCCUGCCUCUUGCCUACGUUCCUCGGUUGACAUACUUCCGCCAGACCGACAUUGGGGGCAUCAUUGCCGGCGAUCCUACCAGAACAAGCCCGUUCGGUGAUGAGCCUACGCACUUCUGCAUCAUGAGCGAGGAGAAUGAUCCAAAGAGCGUGCAGGCACAGCUGAUCAAGGAGCGCCUGGAACAGCUGGACGAGCAGAUCCGGGCGCACAUUCGACACGUGGGUGAGGCUGAGCUGAAAGUGAUACGCACCGACUCCAAGGAUCAGGAGAUUCUCGAGGACUUUGACGUCCUCCGUCAGCAUUCCAACGUGCUUCGCGACAAGAGGGCAUUUUUGGAAACCACCCUAGAGCGGAUGAACGCCGGAGUACCGACCAACGGUCAACCGUUCAACGGAGCCGCGAGCAUUCAUCGAUCUGACGCCGCAUCCGUGGACACUCCCAGCGAACACAUGGACAUGCCCUCGAUCCCGUCUAACGCGGAGUUUGAAAGCGAAUACGAGAACCGUUUCGUGAUACACAACAUGCAGCUGAAGUGGAACAACCUGCUACGUAACAUUGUGCUGCGCUACGUCCACCAGAGUAGCCAGCGGCGUGGCUUUAUAUAUUAUCUGUCCAGACCAGCAGUCAAGUUCAUCUUGGACAUGGUGGACGAGCAAACCAAGGCCAAGAACGAACGCACCACGAGCUCGGAACCGGCGUCAUCAGCAGCCAAUGGAACUCCCACGUCGCCCGACGCUCCACCCCUGGAAAGAGAUGCCGCCAAGGAUCUUGAAGACCGCAUCAAGGGUAUCCUUGGAGAUGGACGCAAACGCUCCAGCACGGGCUUUACGAUCAAUAGCAACGGCGUCGUAGAAGGCUCACUGGAAGACCUGGAGAGCGGUAUAUCCGACGAGUAUAACCCGCAAUGCAGCUAUCACGUCCGACUCAUUGCUCCGCAGAUCCAGCUGCAGAGUGAGAAGAACAAGAAGCACGUCGUUCUGGUCACCUCAAAGGGAAUGGAACUCAAAGUGGUGGAGGUCAUGGACAAGUCGAGAAUCGCAGACAAUGUCAGCGGCCUCGUCCAACGCCGGUUCUUGGUCAACAUGGACAGCACGCAGUUCUUCGUCACGCACCAGAAAUGGUUCACCACCAACUUGGUAUCCAUGUAUGCGGGAAGCAAGUAUGGCACGCCUACCGGCUCCUCAUGGCCACCAUGGGUCCCCAUGGAGGUCAUGUUCGACUUCCGCACCGAUCCGUUUGGCUUCAAGCGCGUUGUGCAGAAAACCUCCGCUAUGCUUCGGUACGACAAGUACAACACGCUCCGUCUCAAGUCCAACGACGAGGUCAAUGCCGAUGCCGAUGGCGCAGACGAGACUACGCAGGAGCCCACGGAGAGACGUGUGGACAAUCUCUGGGUAGAGUUCCCUCAAGCUCGCGCUCUCUGUAACUCAUCGCAGUAUUACGCAAUGUAUGUCAUUGUGCUUGAUCUGCUCAUGUACAGCGAGCCCCUUGAAAAGACGAGAAACGAGCGACUGGAGAAGAUCAUACUCGGGUCCGACUUUAGUGACUUGAGUGGGAUACCGGAGAUGGUGAUGAAGCUGCAGGAUCGGAUCAGACAGAUGGAGGAGAUCAAGUCGCAUUUCCAGACCUAUUCUUUGUUUCUGGACAAGAAGGGGUGGGAAGAUCGCUUGGCUCUCGAGCGCGACCUGGCAGCGUCCGAGGAUGAGCUCUUCUUUAUGAUGAAGGCCAUCAUGAGCUCGCAGCGGAGGUUUGAGAAGAACACGCAGUCAAACGCGCUGUUGAAGUGGAGCAUUUCUGUCCGAGAUAUCGUCUGGCAUCUCAUGCAGGACUCCAACGAGCCGCUGGUCGAGCUCCAGCUUAAGGACCUCGAGUACGACCGCACCGACAACGCGGAUGGCUCCCACAUGAACCUGGUUCGUGUUGGAAAGCUGCUUGGCCUCAACCUCUUGCCCGACGCGACAUACCCGGAGAUAAUAGCUCCUUACCACGACGGCGAGAGGCCGGGCACUCGGUAUGGUGACGAUUCCGAUAUGAUUCGGGUCUACUGGUACAUGUUGGAAGCCAUCGCGGGCAUUCCCGUGAUGGAGAAGUUCGAGAUUGAGCUGUACCCCAUCAAGAUCCAGCUGGAACGCGAGGUCGGCAAACGCCUGUUUGAAUACAUCUUCCCCGGGAUGGACAUGGAGCAGGCGGAAGAGGAGGCCAAGACGAACCCUGCCAUUGUCGUCCGGCGCGACUCGUCGACAGAGGCAGAUGAAGAAGGCAACGAGUCCCCCAAGAGCACAAGUAGCAGGCAUAGCACGCCUGGACCGGAGUCGCCUUCCUUCUCCACGCGUCCGGGAUCGCUUGAGCUGCGGCUUAAGCCGACUUUGUCAUCCAGCGUUGCAGAAGAGAGACCUUCUUCAAAGAGGAACCUCAGCGUUAACAAUGCUGAGGGCGGCGGCGGCGGCGGCGGUGGCGGCCAUUUCAGACUCUUCCGUUCCGGCACCACGCGAACGCUGGCCAAGAAGUCAUCGGUGGAAUCGCUGCGACCCAUGACGGCCACUCCACGACCCGGUGUUAUUGGUCGGUCAUCGACUGGGUUCUCAUCGAGAGAUAGCCGUGAUUCGGACUCCAAGAAGGCGUCCCGCUUCGGCUUGAGAAGCAGGCACAACACCGAAGACAAGCAGAUGUCGGAUGAUCUCACCAAGAUGAUUGAGCGGGCCAACAACUACAUCACCUUUGCUCACAUCAAGAUUCCGUCGGUUGUGCUGUGUCUCAGCUACAAGGGCAAAGACCAGCGCAAUUUCGAAGACGUGCACAACUUUGUCUUCCGUCUGCCGACGAUUGAGUGGCAGAACAAAACGUGGUCCAACCUGGAUCUCGCCUUGGCGCUGAAGAAGGCUGUCGUGAGGGCCCUCAUUUCGCACACGGGCGCCAUUAUCGGGAACAAGUUCUCAAAGCACAAGCCCAACGCGGAGCAGCGGAACAGGCUGAGGGAGCUGGCGAGCAGCUCUGCUCUCAUCUCCCCGAUGGCCUCGAGCCUGUCGCAGAAUUACGCGCCCAGCAUCCACGACAGCGAUGACUCGGCCAGCAUGUACGGUACAUCGCCGGUUGACUACUCGCGCUCGCCUCCGCGGUCCACUCGCAGCAGCAUCCGCAGUGGCAUCCCGGCUCCUCGAUCUGCGAGCCGUAGCAGUAGCAUUGCCAGCAGCAGGUCACACCUGACAGGCGGCUCUACGCAGAACCUUCCACAGGUGCCGUCGUAUCUUACCAUGACGCCCCCUACGCCGGUGGACGCUGUUGGCCGAGGUGAGGGCCACAGCAACCUGGCCAUUGAGCUCCUCCGGCCCGAUUCGCGGCCUUCUACCAGUGCUGGCCAUCUCGAUACGACCGAUCGCAAGAAAAACGGGAGCACCAAUGGCAGCAGCAGUAGUUUUGGCUUCAGAGACAAGCUCUCGGCUCUCACGCAGCGAAUGAGGGACCGCGAUACCCCCGCCGUCGUGCAGACUGACGAGCCCGAGCCGAUGAACGACGAGGAGGCCGCUGCUUCUCCCACCACAACUGUAGAUAUGAACGAAGAAAGGCCGCCGAGGACCAAGAGGAUGAGCUGGUCACAGUCACGAUCCAAGACGACUAGUUGA